CGCGCUGAGGACCAAUGGAGGCUCAGAUCACAAUCGCGAGGAGUGACGGGAGUUGUAGUUCCGGGGCGGCCCUGCACGCCGCGGAGACAGCUGGGAGCAAAGAAGCGGUUAUGAUAAGAAGUGCGGCGCGCCUUUCAUGGCUAUGGCUCACGUUCCGCUUUGGGCGGUCUGCAUGCUGAGGGUGGUGCUAGCCACUGUAUACUUCCAAGAGGAAUUUCUAGACGGAGAGCGCUGGAGGAACCGAUGGGUGCAGUCCACCAAUGACUCUCAAUUUGGGCAUUUUAGACUCUCGUCGGGGAAAUUUUAUGGUCAUAAAGAGAAAGACAAAGGUCUGCAAACCACUCAAAAUGGCCGAUUCUAUGCCAUCUCUGCACGAUUCAAACCAUUUAGCAACAAAGGGAAGACUUUGGUCAUUCAGUACACAGUAAAACACGAGCAGAAGAUGGACUGUGGAGGGGGCUACGUUAAGAUCUUCCCUGCAGACGUGGAUCAGAAGAACCUGAACGGAAAAUCCCAGUACUAUAUUAUGUUUGGACCUGAUAUUUGUGGAUUUGAUAUCAAGAAAGUUCAUGUUAUUUUACAUUUCAAGAAUCAGUAUCACUCAAACAAGAAAUCAAUCAGGUGUAAGGUUGAUGGCUUUACACACCUCUAUGCUCUGGUUUUAAGACCAGACCUCACUUAUGAAGUGAAAAUCGAUGGUCAGUCGAUUGAAUCCGGCAACAUCGAGUAUGACUGGAACUUAACGUCACUUAAGAAGAUGGAGAAGUCCUCUGCAGAGUCCAAGGAUUGGGACCAGGCUGACAGCGACAAAUCCCAGGACUGGGAGAAGCAUUUUUUGGAUGCCAGUGCCAGCAAGCCAAGCGACUGGAACAGCGAGCUAGAGGGGGACUGGCAGGGGCCAAUGCUGCAAAAGCCUCCGUACCAGGACGGCCUGAAACCAGAGGGUAUAGACAAAGACGUUUGGCUGCAUCAGAAGAUGAAAAACAGCUAUCUAACAGAAUACGACCUCUCCGAAUUUGAGAACAUCGGUGCCAUUGGCCUGGAACUUUGGCAGGUGAGAUCAGGAACCAUCUUCGAUAAUUUCCUGAUCACAGAUGACGAGGAGUAUGCUGAGAAUUUUGGCAAGGCUACUUGGGGGGAAACGAAGGGCCCAGAAAGGGAGAUGGACGCCAUACAGGCCAAGGAGGAAGUAAAGAAGGCCCGUGAGGAAGACGAGCAGGAGCUGCUGAUGGGCAGGUUUGGUGGGCAAGAAAACACUUUCCAGAGAUUUCACAGGAGGGAUGAACUUUAAUCAUUCCCACCCCAGAUAAAGAUAACUGGUAAAACCUUGUUUCUACUUUAAUCUCCAUGUAAAAGUGCAAAUGUCAACAUACGUGGUAAUUUGUCCAGUUUUCUUUGAGAAUGUUCCUACGCUUCUCGGUGGGGUUGGUCUGGUGUUCCCUGAGGCCCCACCCCUGGGCACCGAGAUGUCUUCUCUUGACAAACCUGAGUGCUAGAAGCCAGAGGAGGCCAGUGAGAGUCUGGCCAAAAAUAUGAGGCUCUUUGCUUAGCCCCCAGAAUGUUUUAUAAAUAAAAGUUGGGAAAACUUAUCCUGAAAAAGGAGA